AUGGCGACUCCGGUUGAUCCACCAAACGGAAUCAGGAAUCAAGGCAAACACUACUUCUCAAUGUGGCAAACACUCUUCGAGAUCGACACCAAAUACGUGCCAAUCAAACCGAUAGGCCGUGGCGCUUACGGUAUAGUCUGCUCUUCGGUUAACAGAGAGAGCAACGAGAGAGUGGCGAUCAAGAAGAUCCACAACGUGUUCGACAACAGGAUCGACGCGUUGAGAACACUCCGAGAGCUCAAGCUCCUCCGUCAUCUCCGACAUGAGAAUGUGAUUGCACUCAAAGAUGUUAUGAUGGCUACUCAAAAGAGAAGCUUCAAAGAUGUGUAUCUUGUUUAUGAGCUCAUGGACACUGAUCUUCACCAGAUUAUCAAAUCCUCUCAAGUGUUAAGCAAUGACCAUUGCCAAUACUUCUUGUUCCAGCUGCUUAGAGGGCUGAAGUAUAUUCAUUCCGCCAACAUUCUUCAUCGGGAUCUCAAACCCGGUAACCUCCUUGUGAACGCGAACUGCGACUUGAAGAUAUGCGAUUUCGGGCUAGCGCGAACGAGCAACACGAAGGGCCAAUUCAUGACUGAAUAUGUUGUGACUAGAUGGUACAGGGCACCAGAGCUUCUCCUUUGUUGUGACAACUAUGGAACAUCCAUUGAUGUAUGGUCAGUUGGUUGCAUAUUCGCUGAGCUUCUUGGAAGAAAACCGAUAUUCCCGGGAACGGAGUGUUUAAACCAGAUUAAACUCAUUGUUAAUAUUUUGGGGAGCCAGAGAGAGGAAGAUCUUGAGUUUAUCGAUAACCCGAAAGCGAGAAGAUACAUCGAAUCGCUACCUUACUCACCGGGGAUAUCGUUCUCUCGUCUUUACCCCGGUGCAAACGUUCUUGCCAUCGAUCUUCUUCAGAAGAUGUUAGUUCUUGAUCCUUCGAAAAGGAUUAGUGUUACGGAAGCGCUUCAGCAUCCUUACAUGGCGGCUUUGUAUGACCCGAAUGCGAAUCCUCCAGCUCAAGUUCCUAUUGAUCUUGAUGUAGAUGAAGAUGAGGAUUUGGGGGCAGAGAUGAUAAGAGAUUUGAUGUGGAAGGAAAUGGUUCAUUAUCAUCCAGAAACUGCUACCGUGACCAACGGUGAGCUCUGA